ACAGUAACCGCCCGUGCUCCCAAACCCGUCUCGAUGCUGGCGCGGGACGUCUGCCCGAUGUAGCGUCAUGUUGGGAGCGGAACAGAGCGGCCUCAGCGUCGGAAGGAACGCGCUGACUUGGAUCCUAGGCCACGCGGACGUCUGGUAUUUGUUGCUGAAGUGCGCGACCUUCGUCAGCAAGAGGCACGGCAACUUCCCGCAGAGCACAGUCUCCAUCUUGGAGAAUCUGUUGAUGCUCGACGAGGGGCAAGAGGACGACGAGGAGGAGGGCAACAGACAGGAUCUGGACGACGAUGAUGACGAGGCUGUCUUCCGACAAGCAGAAACCCUGACCAAUGGCCCUCUCAGUCUAUCCCCGCCCCACCACGCCGUCUCGCAAAGGGAAAACCUGCAGGUGAUGCAGCCGGCAAGCGCCCCCGGCUCCCCACCAGCUACACCGUGCGCAUCAUCCCCCCUCAGCCCCCCAGGAACCCUCGACUCCAAUUGGCAAGCUUCCAAACCGACGGUGCGCGAAAGAAACGCAGCCAUGUUCAACAAUGACCUGAUGUCGGAUAUAAAGUUUCUAGUUGGAACGCCAGGCUCUACCCAAGCUAUUCCCGCUCACAAAUAUGUUCUCGCCACGGGUAGUUCCGUGUUCUACGCCAUGUUCUACGGCGGUCUAGCGGAGUGCAAACAGGAAAUAGAAGUUCCGGACGUCGAACCGUCAGCGUUCCUAACCUUGCUCAAAUACCUGUAUUGCGACGAGAUCCAACUGGAAGCGGACACGGUCCUCGCCACGCUGUACGUCGCCAAGAAAUACAUAGUACCCCACCUGGCGAGGGCCUGCGUCAACUAUCUCGAGACUAGCCUCACCGCAAAAAACGCCUGCCUCCUCCUCAGCCAAUCGAGGCUGUUUGAAGAGCCGGAGCUGAUGCAGCGCUGCUGGGAGGUUAUAGACGCUCAGGCAGAAAUGGCAGUGAAGUCGGAGGGCUUCGUCGACAUAGACAUGUCCACAUUAGAAUCGGUGCUGGGAAGAGAGACCCUCAAUUGCAAAGAAAUGAACCUGCUGGAAGCAGCUCUGAACUGGGCGACGGCGGAAUGUAAUCGUAGAGAAAUGGAACCGACCCCGCAGAACAAAAGAGACGUCCUAGGCAACGCCCUCUAUCUAAUUCGUAUACCCACGAUGACGCUGGAAGAGUUCGCGAAUGGAGCCGCUCAGAUCGGUAUUCUGACGCAACAAGAGACGAUUGAUAUAUUUUUUCACUUCACCGCUACUAACAAGCCGUGUUUGCAGUAUCCUAUCAAACCGAGGGCCGGACUGAAGUCGCAGGUCUGUCACCGAUUCCAGUCAUGCGCCUACAGAUCCAACCAAUGGCGCUACCGCGGACGCUGCGACAGCAUCCAGUUCUCCGUCGACCGCCGCAUAUUCGUAGUAGGCUUCGGCCUGUACGGCUCUUCGAACGGAGCGGCAGACUACGCGGUCAAAAUCGAACUGAAGCGGCUCGGCCGAGUGUUGGCCGAGAACAACACCAAGUUCUUUUCGGACGGUUCGAGUAACACGUUCCACGUCUACUUCGACAAUCCGAUCCAGAUCGAACCAGAGAGCUUCUACACGGCCUCCGUCAUCCUCGACGGCAGCGAGCUGAGCUACUUCGGCCAGGAGGGCAUGAGCGAGGCGACGGUGGGGCAGGUGACGUUUCAGUUCCAGUGCAGCUCCGAGAGUACCAACGGAACGGGAGUGCAAGGCGGUCAGAUUCCGGAACUUAUUUUUUAUGGACCGGCGCACGAGGAGUAUUAAAGGGAGAGGGGUUGUUGGAUUAGCACGGUAUAUCUACCGAGUGUUUUUGUAUGGUGAUUUCGAAGUGGUUUGAAUGUGGGAGUGUCGGAACCGGUUGACGCGGAUGUUAUUAGUGAGGUUAGGUUUCAAGGGAUCUCAAUCACAACAGUGGCGGAGUUCUGUGUUAUCUGGGGGUUGAACGUGAACUAAGAACUUAAUUUGCAUGCAAUAGGAACCUUAUUCAAUUGAUUACUAUGAGAAACUGAUGAAUUUUAUGUAGCAUUUUUCAGUUCUGAGGUUUCCGAGGACACAGUUUCUAAACUAACGCAAUCUAUAUUAUUUCUGAGGUGGAAAAAAUAAUAGGGAGCAGAAGCGAUAUUUAUUGGUAUUAUCUUAGGGAUUCGAAUGUGCAGAAUUCGUGGAACUGAAUACUAUUUAUGCAUUUGGCAACACAUCUAAAUGAGUCGCUUGUUUGCCUAAUUGUCGACUGGUAUUAAGUGAUUCAUUACUUGAAACAGUAAUUUUAUUUAAAUUUAACGGGGUAUAUUUUCUGAAGAGGUUAGUUUUGGAAAAGGUGUUGGCAUUCUAUUCCUCCACAAUUAUUUCUAUCACUUUGUGACACAAAAUGUUGAUAACAACACAAAGGGCUGUAGAAAGUAUAUACCGCAACAGAAACAAGGCAAAGGCUCCAGUCUUUUGAAACACACAGUGGCAUUGAUUGAAACAUACUUUUCAGUACAUACUUGUUUUUUAAAUUGAUUUACAUAAUUAUUCGCAGGUCUUUCAUUUAUUAUACUUAUGAUCUAAUCGAUUUAUAUGAGUGCCAACUGUAGAGUUAGUUGUUGAAUAUAAAAACUGCGGUACAAAAUUCUGACACACAAACUCCCACGAGUCAUAAACUGGACACGCUACACUGAAGAUUUGUCUCUCACGAGUUUUGAAACUUCACUUCAUAUUAGGCCAAAGAUCCACAACUUGAUGAGAGUCGAGAAGAGAAGGAAUAAAAAAUAUGUAUCAGGUUCCCGCAAAAUAUUUUUAACUGAAUUUUAAAGCGUACAAAGACUACAGAAAUCAGCUCCUGAAUCAUUGCCAACUGAUUAGACAAAAUAUGGCCGAAUAAAUAUAUAUUUGUUGGAAGAUAUAACGAUCUAAAUAUACAACUUAUUAUAAAAAGUAUUACAAUAUAGCAACUUCGAACAUUGGGCUUUUAUUUUUUUGAAGAAAAAGUCGAGAUGAUUUUAAGUCAAUCUCAUGGUUACGUUUUGUUUGUAAAUAAAUCAGUUUUUAGGUUAAGACCCUGUAACAUGAUGUAUUCGAUAGAUGAGUUUUUAAAAAUGGUAUGCUGCUGUUGAAAAUGUAUUAAAGAUAAGAACUAUUUAGAAUGUGUAGUAAUUAUUUCUCCAAGAAUUUGAAAAUUUCAAGUGAAAUAAAAUAUUGAAGCUGAGGCAAA